GUCCAAUCAGCGCAGAGGCAGCUCUGCUUCCGGGAUGCGUUUGGUGAUGUGGCUCAGCUCUGAAAUCCACCGAGGAGAAACAGGACAGAAAUCCCGGACACGUUGACCCGAGAGCCGCUGACACCGGGCCAUCUUGAUGUUCAGCCGCCUGGCCAAUGUCCUCCAGGAGCUCUCCGGAGAGGAGGGCCUGGAUGGAGACUCACAGGGUACGUUGGUGCCUCAGCUCCCCGGCGGGGAGGGCCAGGCUUCGGUAGAGACUGAGGUACCUGAGGAGGCCAUGGAGAGGCUGGCUCACCUGGAGCAGCUGGUGGUGCAGCUGAAGGAGCUCAUCCGAGACAAAGACACUCAUCUUGUCCAGAAGGACACGGAGUUGGCCAACAAAGAUGCUCAGCUCAAGAAUGAAAAGGAAGAGGCCGACACUCGGUUCACCAAACUCAAACUGCAGGCCAAAGCUAAGAUGGCCUCCCUCAACAAACAGAUUACUGAUUUAAAAGGAUCUGGAGGAGGCACACUGAGCCCAGACAGCUCUUUCACCGGAGCUGCGGUUGAGGAAGAGCUCCAAGAACUGAAGAACAAGCUGAGCGAGGCGGAGGCCAACAGCAGGGAGCUCAGGCAACAACUGCAGGCCACCGAGCAGCUUCUACACGAGAAGGAAUCUGCCCACACUGAACAGUUGCAGAAGAUGCAGGCGGUGGUGUGUGAGAAGGAUGUGCGAUUCCAGGAACAGAUUCAGAAGCAUGAAGAAGAGCUGAUGAGGGUCACACUGCAGUCUCAGAAUGACGGAGAGCUUCAGCAGGCUCUGCAGGCAGCCCAGAGGCGCUGUGAAGAGCUCGAGGAAGCUUUCAAAUCUCGCUCCCAGGUGCUGGAAGUGCUGCAGGAGGAGGUGAACAGUGCAGAUCAGCAAAAACAGAUCUUGACUGCUCAGUUUCGGCAGAUGGAGCAAGAGCUGGCAGAGGCCGUGAAGCUGAGGGAGGAGGAGAGGCAGCAGUGGGCCGAACAGACCAGCAGGGCCGAUGUAGAGCUCGCAGCCCUUCGAUCCAGCCUUGAGGCUCUGGAAAUGGAGAAAAUGGAGGUGACAAGGCAGCAGAGCGAGCUGUUCUCCCUGCGAGAGGCUGAAUGUCUUCGUCAGGAGGCUCUGGAGAUGGAGAAUAUGGAAGUUGCCCGACUGGAGAGAGAACUGGUUCUGAUGAAACAGGCUGAGCUUGCAGCCGUCCAGGCGAGCCAUGAUGCUUCAGAGAGAGACAAGGCAGAAAUAACUCGCCUUGAAAGUGAACUUGCAUCAAUGAGAGAGACGGCAGUUCACGUCAGCGAGGAAACCGAAGAGAGGGAGAAGUCAGAAAUAGAAAAAUUAGAAAGAGAGCUGGCUUCUCUUAAAGAGGAGCAGGAAGAUGCUCAGAAGAAGGGGGAGGCCUUGGUUGAAGUUUGGAGACAUUUACAAGCUUUGGCUCCAGAUGACGAUCAAACCUCUGAGGAAAACGCCGUCCCUGCCGACCUUCCUCUUCUCCUGGACACCGUGCAGUCGAUCAACAACCAACUGACGAGGCUGAAAGACAAAGAGAGUGAGAGUGAGGAGCAGCGUGCAGAGCUCACCCACACCAUGGAAACCCUUCAGGAACAACUCGACAGAAAAACCACAGAACAGGAGGAGGCCACGGCCAAGAUACAGCAGCUGGAGCAUCAAAUUAUUACAUUUUCUGAACGAGGUGAAGUGACUGAACCGUCAGCACAGGAUUCAUCUGAAGCUGAAAAGGCACAAAUACUGGAACUGGAGCAGCAGCUGUUUGAAAAAGACAAUGAGCUGGUGGCCCUGCGAGAAUCCCUCAGACUGGCUGAAGACCACAGCUCCAGUCAGGUUAUAUCAAGUGAGAUGUACCAUCAGACUCCAGAUCAGGAUCAGGUCGCCAGUUCAGCCGCCUGUGACAGCUCUGAAGCUCCUCCUCACCUAAUGGAGGAUACACAAGAUGAAGAAACCACCUUAGUUGCUGAGGACACCUCCGUUCUCUCCAUGUCUGCUGAUACUGAGAGCAGCCCAGAGCUUAUCGGACACCCGUCUGAGUCCCCAGAAGAAUCCAAAGGGACUUCCUCUGACGAGAUGGUCGCCAGUAGUGAUUCAGAGGUGGCCCACAGCAGCUGGACCCUCCUGGAAGCUAUGAAUCAAGAUGGAGGCCAGGAGUGGCCCUCCCUCAUGCAGGACUUCGGCCAAAUGCAGCUGCAGUCAUGGGAGGCGACGAGCAUGGAGCAGGAAACCUCCACAGUUCAAGUCGAAUCCUCCUCUGUCAUCAUCCAAGAGACGGUGCAGGUUCAUGUAACUCAGCAGAGUUCUUCCCCCUCAGAUGCUAACGUGCCCUCUGGCCAGGUGUUUGCUCAAGCCUUAGCAGAGGAGCUCCAGAAUAGGUACAGUGAACUUCAGGCUGAGCUGCAGCGGCUCAGAGAGGACGCCGCAGAGUCACACGAGAAAAUCAGGAAUCUGGAAGAAGAAGCACAGUCUCUUAUUGCCGCAAAGGAAGAGGCAGAGUUUCAGGUCAAUAACUUUGCAGAGGAGCUUAAGAAAACCAGACUGGAGCUGGAUGAGGUUUCCCUGCAAAGUAGCUCAAUGGUGGAAAAGCACAGCAUUGAAAUGCAGCUUCUAGAGGAACAGAUGGACAUUUUGAAUGUUGAAAGUAAAGCCAAGGAGGAGAAGAUCCAGAGCCUGCAGACCGAGUUGGAAACAACCCACAGUGCUCUGUCAGAGCAGGACAGUCAGGUGAGGAUGCUGAGCGCUCAGCUGGAAGACACCGAACUGCUCUCCUCUCAGCUAGAAAAGAGGCUGCACGAUAUGGGAAACAGCGUGUUGGAAUGCUCCCAGACAUCAGACCUCAACAACGAGUCUCUGUCAAUGAAGGACUCAGAGAUCAGUGACCUGCAGCUUCGUCUCAGUCAGAAAGAGCAGGAGAUGUCGGAGCUCAAUGACAGUAUGUCCACUAAACUGCUUCAAGUAGAAGAAGAGAAGUUCCAGGUCGACAGUGAAGUCAGUAAAAUGAAAGAGCAGAUCGUGGAACUUGAGAAAGUGAGAGAUGAGAAACAGCAGGUGAGUCGUGAAGAUGCGCCCACUCAUGUUGAUGAUGAGCUCGGUAGUUUGCGAAGGCAGAAAGGAGAGAUGGAAACCCAACUAACAAACACAAAGAAGAAGCUGCAGGCUGCACUUGUGCAACGGAAAGAACUCAUGAGGAAGGUCGCUGACUUUGAGAAGGCAGCAAAAACGAGGAAAGAGCAAGAUGAGUUAGUGAAGGAAGAAAAUCCUGCAAAUGAUCCAGAAGAAGAAAAAACAAGAGAACAAGAUAUUAAAGAAAUGGAGACUAAACUCCAGGAGCUCGAGGAAGCUUUAAGGUCUAAAGAGGAGACAGUUGAAAGUCUCAAGCAGAAAAUUUGCCAACAAGAUCAAGUCAUUGCUGAGACACUCAUCCUGAACAGAACACUAAGCAAAGACGCUGAAAACACUCAGCAGGCGUCAGACAUUUCCUCUGAAACGACUAAGUUACAAUCCCAAGUGGCCUCUAUGAAAGCAGAGUGUGAAACGCUUCAAAAGAAGGUUCUCGAGGCUCAGGAAUCUCGCAAAGAAACCAUCCGCAAAGCGAAAGAGAAAGACCGACACCACCGCGAACAACUGAAGCAGCAGAAAGAAGAAUACAACGAGCUGAUGGAACGUUUUGACGCACAGAGCGGAGACAGAGAAACCCUUAUGACUGAACUGAGGGAUUUGGAAGAAAGAGUGAGCACGGAGAGAGGGAACCUGCCUCAGAAAGCAACCAAACAAAGAGCUGAGAAGCAAGCAGCCGGCGAUUGGGUCCAGGAGGACUGGGUGGACUUUGCCGCAUCGGAGUCUGAAUCAUUACAACUACAAACCGGUGAUCCAGCUCAGCCUCCUGCAGAGCCGUCUGACAUCCACUCCACACAAAUAGAGGAAUCUUUGAAAGCUCUCAGAGACGAGAUCCGGACUGUGCGCAUCGCUAACUCAGAGCUAGAGAAGCAGCUGCAGGAAACUCAGGCCGGUCUGUCACUGAAAGAGGCUGAAUUGCAGGAUUUGGGCGACGAGCUGCAAGCGCUGAGAGAAAAAGAAAAACAGAUUGACGCGCUCUCAGAGGAAAUUGGUGAUCUUCGGGAAAAGUAUUGUCAAGCUGAGUCUCAUGCAGAAACCCUAAAAGCAGAGAUGAAAGCUACGACCAAAGAGGCGUCUGCAGAAUCCACGGCCUCCAUCGCAAAUCUUCAGGCUGAAUUGGAAGACUUCAAGCAGUUCAUCGAAAACAAGAACCACGAGAUAAUGGACCUGAGUCAGCAGCUAAGUGAGCAGAACGUUCUCAUUCACUCAAUGCAAGAUACAGUGUCUCAGAAGGAUCAACUUAUCGAUUCUUUACAGACAGAAUUAAAGGUUGAGCAGGAGAAAACCCAGAGGUUAGAGGUCGAGGUUCCACUGAAGCAAGAGGAAGAAAAAGGCAGCGAGGCAAAGAUCCAGCAGCUCCAGCGAAAACUUCAGGCUGCUCUGAUCUCUCGCAAAGAGACCCUGAAAGACAAUAAAACCAAGAAGGAGCAGCUAGCCGCGACCGAGAAGCUCAUGGCCGAGCUGCAGCAGAAACUGGAGUCGGCAGAAGAUGAGCUGGAGAAGCUGAGAGCAGAAAGGCUAAGGCUGAUCGAGGAGGUCGAUCGUAUGUUACUUGAGAACCAAAGCCUUGGAUCGUCCUGCGAGAGCCUCAAACUGGCCAUGGAAGGCAUAGUGAAUGAGAAAGACACUUGUAAGAGAGAAGUGGAGUUGGCGCAAGAAGAGGCCGCCAGGGUGAGCAGACAAUGGGAGGAGAAGGUUCAAGGCAUGAAGGACGAGUACGAGAGUUUGCUCAAGUCUUAUGAAAACGUGAGCGACGAGGCUGAGCGAGUGAGGCGCGUCCUGGAAGCUGCCAGACAGGAGAGACAAGAGUUAGCUGCCAGAGUGAGGACAAAUGAGGGGAAAAGGCAAGAGGCUGAGCGGCAGGCGGAGGAGGCGCAGAAGGAGGUGGAUUCGGUGAAAGACAAAAUGAGGAAAUUUGCCAAAACAAAGCAGCACAAGAUUAUGGAGUUAGAGGAGGAGAAUGAAAAACUUAGAGAGAUGCAGGAGAAGCCCGUAAGAAAACGAGGGGACCACACUCACAAAGCUGAGGUUGAAAGACUUGAAGAAGAGAUGGAGGCUCUGAAAGUUGAGCUGGAAGCCACAGCUGCAGAGAAACACUCUUUAGUGCAGCAGGUGGAGGAACUGAGGGAGCAGCUUGGCCAAAUAAGAGAGAAAGAGGAGAGUGAAAUCCAAGUGGCUCCACUAAGCUCUGCUGCAGUUGUAGAAGAGGUGGUCACUGAACAGAAGUCAGACACAAUCAUGGCCAAAGCUGAGCCUGAUGAGACUCAGUAUGAAGACAAAGAAAUACAAGAGGAGACUCCAGAUGAACAAAUAGUUGCAGCGUCUGCACCAGAAACACAUUUGCAGCCCACAGAGGAGAAAGAAAAGGAGGAAAAGACAGAAAGUGUUAGUGCUUUGUUUGAGGCUAAAAUGAAGGAGAUGGAGGCAGCUGUUAACACAGAGAGAAGUCUGUGGCACGAACGGGAGGCUGAACUCAAAGCUGAACUGGCCUCUCUUGAGCAACAGCUCCAGGAAAGUCAAGAGGAGCUGAGUCUUAUGGCUACUCUAGAAAAAAAUCUACAAGAAAGUAAAGAUAGAGAAAAGAGUCUGAUUGAAGAGGGUUCCCAGAGAGAAAUUCAAUUCAAAGACCUCCUCCGAAGCCUCGAAACAGACAAAGAUAACCUGGAGGAGCGUCUGAUGAACCAGCUCGCCCAGCUCAAUGGGAGUAUUGCUGGUUACCAGCAAGAGACGGCCGACAACCGGGAGCACCUGACUGAACUUCAGCGGGACCUGGAGACGUUGGAGAGGGAGCGAGCUGAACUCGAAGCCGAGGCUCAGAGCGAGAGGGACCGGGCGUCCCGACUGGAAGAGGACAUGAGGCAGGCCCAGAGAGAGAGAGACGAGGCGGAGGCAGAGUCUGGUAAGCAGAGGGAGCUGGAGCAACAGCUGAGGUCUGCACAGAGGGUCCGAGAAGGCAGCCAGAGCCGAGCCCGUCAGCUGGAGGAACUGCUGAGGGAGAAGCAGCGGGAGGUGCGGCAGCUGCAGAACGACAGCAUCCACUACCAGGAGAGGAUCAGUGAACUGGAGCGGGAGGCGAAGGUGCUGCUGCACAGCCACGACGAGCUCGACACCAAACUGGAACAGUCCCAGCUGGAGACUUCCACAACACGAGAGAGCCUGAAGAGGACCGAGGAGGAGUUGGUUAGCUGUAAAUCUCAAUUGGAUGACGUCCAGAAACAGUUGAGCGAGGCCUUAGCUGAGAAAACAACUUUAGAACGAAGCGCCAAGCAGAAAGAGGCCUCGUUAAAGGCUGAGGCGGAGCAAACACUAGACUCUGUGAGGCUCAGGCUGGGAGCUGAACUGAAGGAGACUGAGCUGAGGCUGGAGGAGGCCUACAGAGACCAGGAAAAGGAAGAGGAAGCAACUCAGGAGGCCAGAGGGAUGGCUAAGGGAGCGGAGAGACGAGCCCAAGAGAUGCAAGCCCGUCUAGACGAGUCUCUGGCCAGGUUAGCCGCCUUCUCACGCUGCAUGUCCUCACUGCAAGACGACCGGGACAGAGUUUUGGAUGAGGCCCGGCAGUGGGAGACUCGCUUUAAUGAUGUACUGCAGGGUAAGGAGGCUGAAGUCCGGGAGGCUGAAACACAAGCCAAGAACCUGGCAGAGCAGCUUCAGAAAGAAACUGGACUGAAAGAGGAACUUCAGCUUUCUGUGGACAGACUACAGAAAGCAGACAAAGACUGGCAGCUCAGACUGGAAGAGGAGGAAAAGAAAGUCGCAGAGAGUCAAGCUGUCAUCGAGGAAGAAAAGAGCAGGCUUCAAAAAACAACAGCAGAGUUGACGUCUGCACAAAAUGAUGUCCGUGCUUUGACAGAAGAGCUGGAGGGUCUUCGUCACCGAGUCCAGGCUCUGGACGAGGCGGUCGGCCGGCUGCAGGGCGAAGUCGACAAGGCCAGGACUGAGCUGAGGGAGAGGGAGGGAGAAGAGAGGCGGCUGUGUCUGAAUGUGGAGCAACUGGAGACAGACCUGAGGUCCUCGAAGGCCCUCACCGAGAGCCUCCAGACUGAGUUACAUGAGAAGGAAAGAAGAGAAGUGGAAAUGCUGGGGGAGAAGGAACAAGCUGUUGCUCAGGCUGCUGAGGAGGCUAGAAAAGAGGCGGACAGCCGGGCACACGAAGCUGAGAAGGAGCUGGAGCAGAGGAGAGAAGAAGUUCGGGAUCUGGAAGAAAAACUGCGAAACGUUGAGGAAGAGAGCAACAACAGAAAAACCCGGCUGGACUCGUUCAUGAAAGCCAUGGGCUCCUUACAGGAUGACAGAGACCGAGUCCUCAACAUGUACAAACAACUGGAGGAGAAACACCUGCAGGUCAUGUUGGAGAAGGAUGUUCUGAUCCAGGAAGCAGCGGCGGAGAACAACAGCCUGAAGGAGGAGCUGCGCUCUCUGCUGGUCCAGAGAGACGACCUGUACGCUGAAAAGGGCAAACUGGCGGCUCAGCUGGACGGCUACAGAGAGGAACUUAACCAAGUCCUGGGCAUGAAGGACUCCCAACACAAACAGCUUCUGGCAGCGCAGAGAGAGCGGAUCACCUCUCUGGAAAGGGAGCGGGAGGUAUUGGAAAGUCAGUUAAAGAGCGUGAGCAGCGCCAGAGAGGCGGAGGUGGAGGCAGUGAGGGUGGAGAGGCAGACUCUCAGUCAGGCUACUGACAGUGGGACAGUGUCUCAGGUGAUAGAUGCUCCUGGUGCAGAGGUGGAGAAGCUGAGAGAGCAGCUGCAGGCGGCGAGAGAACAAGUGGAGGCUCUAGAGGAGAGCCGAUCUAAGGAGCUACAGGAGCAGAACAGCAACAGCAAAGAGCUGGCGGAGCUGCGAUGGGAGGGAGGCGUGAUGAGGACCGAGUCGGAGAACGCUCAGGAGAGGGUGGCCGAGCUCGCCCGAGACCUGAUGACCAUCGAGCAGAAGCUGUUGGAAGAGAAAGAAGCGACGACGCUGCUGAGAGCGGAGAACCAUUCGUUUGCUAAAGCCAUGGCCUCCCUCCAGGACAGCAGGGACCAGGCGAUAAACAAGGCCCAGGAACUGAACCUGAAGCUGGAGGAGGUGAGCCAGGCCGGGGGCCCCGUGGUACCCAGCAGCCCCGGAGGCUCCACUGGAGAAGUGUGGGGCCUGAAGAACGCACUGCAAGCCCUUCAAAACGACAGGGAGAGAUUGCUGGAGCAGCUUCAAGCUCAAACGUCUGAGAUGAAGAAGCAGAAGUUGGAGCUGGCGCGGCUGGGAGCAGGGGAGCUCAUUAAAAUCAGCCAGGAGCUGUUUGAGGAGAAGAUGAAGAACGAAGACACGCUGGGCGUCCUCACGCAGCUGGAGAACAUGGUGGAGACGGGCAAACAGGAAAUAGAGACUCUCAGGCUGGAGCGCAUUGACUGGAUGGCUCAAGCGGAGCAGCUGAAACACCAGACCCUCACCACGCUGUCGGAGAGGGACCACCAGCUGAGACAGCUCACCGCCAUGCUGGAGGAAGCUCGCACUCACAGGCCCAAGCUCCAGCAGGAACACUAUCAGAGAGAGGGCUCUGAGAAAGCGGACAGUCCUCCUGGAGCCCCCCAGGAGCGAAGCAGCCAGCUGGACAUCCACACCUACAUGGCUGAGGUCAAAGAGCUACAGCGGAGGCUGGAUGAGGAGACGCAGCAGAGGAUGGCGGCUGAGGAGCAGCUCAUGGCCGCACAGGAUGGACUCAAACGUCACAGCCCGGCCCAAUGGCACUCGGACCUGGAGGGGGAUCAUUCAGAGACGUCUGUUUUCAUCGAGCCGCCAGAGGGAGCUGUCAAACGGAGUCGGAGAGGUGGACCGGGCUGGAAGCGGAUGCUGCGAGUGGCCUUCUGUGCUCGCCAGCGCACGCCCCUGCUGAUCAGCCUCUAUCUGCUCACCGUGCACGUCCUGCUGCUGAUGUGUUUGGGCGGAUUCCUCUGAAACCAGCUGGCAAAUCUGACCGACAACACACAGACCGAGAGGAAGGGAAAGAAAAGGGGACUUACCCGAGGCCAUCGAUAUGUUUUAUAUUGUUACAUGUAAUAAAUUAAAGGGUGCGAGGCUCUUCUACACACACACACACACUGCACUUUACAGGAAUUUAACGUUUAGCCAAAGUAUAUAGAUUAAUGGUUUUUAACCAUUUUGAUGACUUUGGUGUAUGACAUGGUUUCCAAGCAGAGAGGACAUAAGGGACAAAGCUUGAUUUCCUCCUUUACUUUAAUCUGCGGUUUCGAGGGAUAAAAUAAUGAUAAUCAAGUAUUUUGGCAGAUGGUUUCCUCAUGUGCCUUCAGAUGGGGAGAGAAACAAAAAGGGUCAAACUGUAUGUGAAAGCAAAAGUUGGAUAUUUUGAGAAAUGUCCAGAAAGAGAAAGUUGGGUACCCCAGUAUGUCUGUUCAGAAAGGUUCAGAACUUUCAGAGAUUAAACCGUCUUCUGUCCUCCGU